UGUGUGUGUCUGUGUGUGUUGUUUUUUUCCAACUGCUUGCCAGGUUGUACCAACUCUCGAAAGCCGGCAAGUUGUGCGUUCCCGCAAUGAACGUCAAUGAUUCCGUCACCAAACAGAAGUUCGACAACUUGUACUGCUGCCGGGAAUCCAUUCUGGAUGGCCUGAAAAGGACAACCGACAUGAUGUUUGGAGGGAAACAGGUGGUGGUCUGCGGCUACGGAGAGGUGGGGAAAGGAUGCUGCGCGGCCCUGAAGGCCAUGGGCUCCAUUGUGUACGUGACUGAGAUCGACCCCAUCUGUGCGCUUCAGGCCUGCAUGGAUGGCUUCCGUCUCGUGAAACUCAACGAAGUGAAUCGGCAAGUCGACAUCGUUAUCACCUGCACAGGUAACAAAAAUGUCGUGACGAGAGAACAUCUGGAUCGGAUGAAGAACGGUUGUAUUGUGUGCAACAUGGGACAUUCCAACACAGAAAUCGAUGUGGCUAGCUUGCGUACCCCAGAGCUGACUUGGGAGCGGGUGAGGUCACAGGUUGACCACGUCAUCUGGCCGGAUGGGAAGAGAAUCGUCUUGCUGGCUGAAGGUCGCCUCUUGAACCUCAGCUGUUCCACAGUGCCAACCUUUGUGCUGUCCAUCACAGCCACCACUCAGGUGAGUCAGACGGGGCGUCGGGGCUCCAACCAACCCACCCCCGUUCAAAUCGUAAGUCUCUAGCCGCAUCUCUCAGCGAAAAGAAAAUGGAUUUA